AUGCAGGAGACCGUGAUCGUACUAGAACUGAUCAGCUGCUCGUCCAUACUACUCGGAUUGUUGUUCGGUCCAAAAAUCUAUAUCCUCCUCUCAUAUGAACCCGUAGUGGUGGAGUUCAAACAGGACGGUAUUCAACCAGGCAACGGCAUGACGCUGUUUGAGAGAGAUGACGAUCUGCCAUCGAUGCGAGCUGUGUCGCCAGCUAGCAGCGGUGGUUCGACUCGUACGGCUUCGUCCAUUCGCGCUGCGAAGUUACAAGCUCCAAUUGGGCCAUAUCAAGACGAACCGUCUCCCAUCUUCCACACGGUCAUGAGGAAAAAGAACAAGGUGCGCCGGUCGCACAGCGAACAUGAACUAACCGAGCAGGUGAGCCUUGUCUCCUUUUAAGU